AUGUUGUUGAUUCCAUCUCUUGUCAACAAUUUCAAUUUGGCUAUGGCGUAUCAAUCCAGCGAAAAAGACAUCACAGAUGAUUUUAAAAUGCAAAGGAUCGGAAACUUUCUCAGUUGUGCUUCGAGAGGUGAUAGGGUUGGGCUUAAUAUGAUGUUGAGAGAGGGCAUUUCUCCUAAUGUGCAGGAUUAUGAUAACAGAACUGCUCUUCAUCUUGCUGCCAGUGAAGGUCAUGCUUCGAUUGUAGAGCUUCUUCUACACUACAAGGCCGAUGUUAAUCUCGAUGAUAGAUGGCACAGAACUCCUUUGACAGAUGCGAGAUUAUAUGGACAUCGAGAUAUUUGCAGGAUUCUCGAGGUCAAUGGAGGAAAGGACUCUAUAAUGAACAGCCCAAUGACAGUUCGUUAUGAAGAAGAUGCAAAAGAAGUGAACAUCGAAAUAUCUGAGAUAAACUCCGAGAAUUCAGAAGAUAUCGAACAGGGUGUAUUUGGUAAAUCUAAAAAGGGAAGCUUAGAUGAUAUUUUGAAAAAAAAGAUUGGACUUGAUCUACACCUUGCUUUGCGUUUUGCACUUGAUAUUGCUAGAAACUUAUUACAAGAUGAAGGUGGCCAUUUAAAGAUUGGUGAAUAUUGGGUACAAAUGUUGUAUGAGCUACAUCCAAAUCAAGAAACUCAAAACUCGGGAACAAUCAACAAACAACUAAUUAAUAAAGGAAGAGACAUCCAGUCAUUUGGACUCAUAUUCUAUCAGAUGGUUGAAGCAAAGUACAUACCCGACAUGAUACAUCUCAAAUCUCUUGAUUUCCAAAUGACAUUCAAUGCUAAAUGUCCUGCAAGAAUUCAACAGUGA